CUCCUCCUCUUCCAAGUGUGUAUGUUAUGAACUUUGCUCUGCCGUAUUUUUUUCUAUAGGGUUGUAUGUUUGAGCUCAAGUUCGCAACAUUGCUGCUUCUGAACCAGCUGGAGAUGAUCAUGGGAAGCACGUUGGCCAAAUGUGCAGCCAUCGACCUGGCCGUUCAGUGGGUCGGAUGGGCACUAGCGUCUACUCUCAAAACUGAAAAGUUUUACGACUUGGCAGGAUCUGGUACCUAUAUAUUGCUGGCUCAUCUGAGUCGUGUAUGGGGCGGAAAUGGACACCUUAGACAGAACGUACAAACUGGACUUGUUACUGCCUGGGGACUGAGACUUGGGACAUUUCUCUUUCUUAGAAUCUUAAAGGAAGGACAAGACCGGAGGUUUAACAAUGUCAGAGACAGCCCUGGGACAUUCUUUGUGUACUGGACCAUGCAAGCUCUGUGGGUAUUUGUUACCCUCUUGCCCACCCUAAUUCUAAACAGUGAGAGAAGAGACCAGCCCCUUGGCCCACGUGACUACAUCGGUUGGGGAAUAUGGGGGCUGGGUUUUGCUACAGAGGCCAUUGCCGACCAGCAGAAGUGGAAUUUUAAGAGUGAUCCAGAUAAUGCUGGAAAGUUUAUUCGUCAUGGACUGUGGGCAUACAGCAGACAUCCAAACUACUUGGGGGAGAUCCUGCAAUGGUCAGGGCUGUUCCUGUCCGCUUCCUCCGUCAUGAGUGGACCUCAAUACCUCAGUGCGGUUUCUCCGCUCUUCGUCUGGUUCUUACUGAGACAUGUUAGUGGGAUCCCCAUCCUUGAGAAGCAAGCUAUGAAGAAAUGGGGAUCAGACCCGGCUUUCCAGAACUACAUCAAGAACACUCCCCUCCUAUGGCCCUUCCCCAAGUUUAAAGGAGAAUAAAGCAUAUUUUCAGCACUUGCUUGUGACAAAUGAACAAUGAAAGCUUAUGUGAAUGUCUGAUAUAGACACCUAAGU